AAACGGAGUCUUGUGAAGCCACUUUCCCCCCGUCGCCUUCCUUCGCCUCCGGGAGUGGCUGCAGAUCUGGGGGGUCUCCGGAGUGGGGGGGAGCAGGUCUCUUCCGGAGGGGAAUCUGGGUAAGUUGCACCCAAAGAGGAGGCGGAGAAAGGGCUCGAUCCUGAGUGGGUGGGGGAAGCAAGAGAGGGAGAUCUGGCGGGGGAUCGAGUCGCUCUCUUCGCUCCGGAGGAGGGAGAGAGAGAGAGAGAGUUCGCUCCCUUCCUCCUCUAGCCAUAAGACAUAAGGAAGAGGAGCAAGAUCCUGGGUUCAAAUCCUCCAGAGCAGAGGCUCUUUGCAAGAAGGGAGGAGGAGCUGAAUUGCAUCUGUGCAUGUUGAGCUCGUUUAGGGUGCACUCAGUUUGGGAGAGGCAGCCCCAUUGAAGCCAGGAGGGCUUACUUCCGAGUAGACCCGGCCAGGAUAGCCGCUUCAUAGCCUGCUUUGUUUUCUAAGGAGCUCAAGUCGGUGUGUCUGUGGUUAUUUCACCACCACCACCAUUGCCUGAUCCUCGCUACAACCCUGAGAGGUUGGUCGGAGUGGGAGAGGAUUGAGUUGCUGAGACACAGCCAAAGGAUUUUAUGGCUUGAAAUCGAAUUGAAGGCUGCCCUGGUCUUGACGCUUUUAUCUGGGCUGCUCUGUUAAAAAGAACUAUCUAAAAAAAGUAUGUAUCUACACACACAUGUGCACAUACACAUACGCACACAGAAAAGUGGAAUGGUCUUCCUCUGGAGGUGGUGGACUCUCCUAUCUUGGAGGUUUUUAAGCAGAGGUUGGAUGGCCAUCAGUCAUGGAUGCUUCAGCCCAGAUUCCUGCAUUGUGGGGGGUUGGACUAGAUGACCCUCGGGUCCCUUUCCAACUCUCCCAUUGUUCUAUGAUUCUAUGUCUCUUUUUUUAUAUUAUUUUUUUAUUCUAUGUCUCUUAACGUGCCUUGGGGCUCCCAAGAAAGACUGCAGCCUUUAACCUUCCUAAAGGGCUCAACCCCGUUCCUCGUCGAUUGCUUAUAGAGUAACAAAAAAAUAAUUAACAAUUCCCACCCCCUCUACAAAAAGUUAAUUUUUAAAAAGCAAAACCUACGCGUAAAAACUAAAGAUGGCACACGGUGUCUUGGAAGAGGCGUUUCUCCUGCUCCCCUUCGCUUUUACAAAGCACAUAUUUCAUUUGGAGAUUGUGUGCGAGUAUAUGCAAAUACAUUUAAUAUAUGUCUGUAAAUUAAUGCAAGGCAGUUUGCAAAAAGGCAUGGUAAAGUUGUGAUUUAUUACUGGGGUCCCCAAUGUGACGCCACAGUGCCCUCAGGCUGCUCCUCUGACUCCCACCAAUGUUUCUUGCCCCUCCCAAUUUGUUACUGAGGAUUUUUGGGGAAGGUGGGUGGGUUAUCUUUCUUUUUGGAUCAAAAUAAAAAAAUUCCUUCCAGUAGCACCUUAGAGACCAACUAAGUUUGUUAUUGGUAUGAGCUUUCGUGUGCAUGCACACUUGUGUUACCUGCUUCUUUUGUCUAGGUUUUAUUUGUUCUUUGUUUUGAUGUUGCUUUGCGCGUGAGAAUACUGACUACUGCAGUUUUUCCCAUCUGUGAAAUGGGCAUUUGGCGCACUCAACGUAGUUCCUGAAUUGCCUGACGCACACAAGUUUAUACAUGUACCCCGCACCUUCUCAAAACAAGGAAAGUACAUUUUUGUUUUAUUUAAAGACGAAAACACAGAUUCUUGAAGAGAAGGAGAACAGUGUCUCUUCUACAGAUAAGAUCUCUGGGUGAUCAGCUGUAGAUUGGCAGCGGUACUGAUCGCCCAAAUGUCUAAAAGGAAUUGUCUUAAACCGGGGUCAGCAAACUUUUCCAGCAGGGGGCCGGUCCACUGUCCCUCAGUCUUUGUGCAGGGCCGGACUGUAUUUUGAAAAAAAAUAUGAACGAAUUCCUAUGCCCCACAAAUACCCCAGAGAUGCAUUUUAGAUAAAAGGACACAUUCUAGUCAUGUAAAAACACACUGAUUCCCGGACCGUCCACGGGCCAGAUUUAGAAGGCGAUUGGGCCGGAUCCGGCCCCCGGGCCUUAGUUUGCCUACCCAUGGCCUUAAAGGCUGCCAAAAUGAAGAAGGCUAAACCAUUAGUGGACAUUUUUUAAGUGUGUGUGAAAAGACUAUGAGUUCAGCGCUGUUCUAGUACUGACAGAAAAAAGAAAGAAAAAGAAAAUUUCUGGGUUCAGAAUAUGCUCAGGGGCACCCUGCUCUAACUGAGCGUCUUUCGCACCUGGUUCUGGUUGGUGGGGGGGCCUGAGAAACUUCAAGUCUGCCCCACCCUUGGCUUCAGCCCUACGCAAACAUGUAUGAUUCAUAUCACUGAAUUGUGUCAAGUGAUGUCCUGACAAAAGGAGCUUUUGGGGAGGCAAAACCUGUUUGCAACAGAAUGCAAACGAAAAACUGUUUGAUAAAUUAAUCUGGCUACCCAAGUACGGGGGACGAGAAACACAAGCAGCAGAAGGGCAGUGAAAUAAUUAAAUAAAUUCGUGUUUAAAAAUUGGGCACGGCAUGGCAGUUGAAUAGAUCUGGGAUGGAUGGAUGGAUGGACACUUAGAGUUCAAAAUUCCCACUCUGGCCAUAAAGCUUGCUGGUCUCUAUGGGCCAGUCACUGUUUUUCUGCCUAAUCUAACUUUCAGGGUUGCUGUUGAGGUCAGGGGAAAGCAAGGACUGUGAAUGCUAAAUUCUAAGACCACUGAUCAUGCACUAUUCUCCUUGGCUGUUUUUAGGGGUCCCCCACCAGCCUUUUAUUCUCUAAAGCUUUUUUGUUUUUUAAAGGCUUUGCAAACCUCAGCCCCCCCCCCAAGCCUGGGGGUCUCCACCUCCCCACCCACGUCCCUGGAUGUUUGUCCAUAAAGUAGGGGUGCCGUACGUCCAGUAUUUCCCAGAUGUAGCUGGGAGUCGCCCGCUGGAAAUAGCGUCUGGGCGGAAUUUCCAAAAAUCGGCAAAAACGUCCGGGAAAACCAGGGGGGUAUUGCAACCCAUGUCUGGAAGUGUAGAUUUUGUGUCCUGAUUUUCACUUUUUGAAAUAUGGCAAAAGACCCCCUACUUGGAAAUCAGUGUUUGCUCUGAGGGUAGAGAAAGCAGUGCACAACGGCUUAUGUGGCAUUUGCGUAGUUAUGUGUUAUUUUUUAAUUUUUUCGCAGGGUGAGGGGUGUAAGAUUGCUUGUAAGAUCAUGGCAUCUGGGGGAAGCUUCUCCUUGCCAGGAGGAGCGGCUUGAGGUUGCCAUAAUGGCUACCAAAACUCCUUAAGGAAGAAAAUGAGAUGGGCUGCUUUCAUUACAGUGCAAGGGGAUGUGGUCUGAGCUCACAUCUGAGGCUGAGUUUUCCGAGGGAUUUUCUUCUUCCGGAGAGAUAAUAUGUGUUCUCUCCUAACCACUUCCUCCUCUGCUUUUAAAAAGGCUCUGUUCUUUUUCUGUCGUUCUUGGUGUGCAGACGUGGCUGAGGAUCUUGGGCUUCCUGGUCCAAAUUCAUAUGCCAUCACCCCACCCCUCUUUUUUAUAACAUUUUUUAUUGGUUUUACGAAAUUUUAUACAUUUUAACCAUUUCAAACAUGAAAACAAAAGGUUCUGUUGAACCUUUGGACCUCCUUCCCUCCCUCAAUGGGUUCCAUAUUCAAGAUAAAAUUCUCUGCAUUUUUUUCCUUUAUCCAUCUGUUCAAUAUCCCUGACUAUGAUUUUAACUGUUUACAAUGGUCUUUUAAGGAAACUAAAAAUUUACUCCAGUCUUUUAAGAAUACUUGAUCUUCCUGGUUUCUGAUUUUCCCCGUCAGUUUCCUUCCUUCCAUCUCUGGGCUAGAAACAUUCUCGCUGCCGUCGCUGCAUACAUAAAAAGUCUUUUUUUAAUCCUUUAGGCCAAAUUCAUACCAUACAUUUAAAGCACCUUGAUACCACUUUAAACAAUCAUGGCUUCCCCCCAUUUUCUUUUUUUUGGGGGGGAACUGUAGUUCGUAAAGCGGACAGUCCCCACCCACCCCGAGCUACAAUUCCCACGGUGGAUUCACCAUGAAUCUCUCUUUUGGGAAUUGUAGCUCUGCGAGGGGAAUGGGGGGGGUCUCCUUUUUUAUAAUUUAUUUAAUCAUUUUUUCAAUACAAACAACAACCACCAAAAAACACAUACAACAAAAACCACAGUAACACUAAUAACACAAUUUAACAAUUCAGAUUUGAGUACUGAUAUACCUAUAACUACACCUUUUUAACAAUAUUUCCCCACUUCUCCUCCCCCCACCUCCCACCACUGUCCGCCUUAUCGCUUAAGUGUUCCUUCCAGAUUUCUUCAUAUUUAUCCAUUCUUAAUUUGCGUCGACCUGCAGUUUGUUCGUAUGUAGCUAGCCUGUCCAUAUUGUCAAUCCAUGUGCUCAGUGGAAUCUUUUUGCAACUCUUCCAGUUCAUCAAAACAAGUUUUUUUGCUUCUAAUAUGGCACGGUACGUCCAUUUUUUUAGACCCCUUGCAAUCUCCCACGUUUCCAGUAUAUAGUUUAGAAUUAAAUUCAGUUCAGGAAUAGGGGGUCUCCUAAAAACUCUCAGCAGCCUGAACAAACCGCAGCACCCAGUUUGUUGAGGGUGGUGGGACUGUGGCUAGCAAAAACUACAGUUCCUAUGAUUAUUCGGGGGGAGUCAGUGACAGUUAAAGUGGUAUAGGAGCGAUUUAAAUUUAUGGUGUAAAUGUGACCCUAGAAGUGGGCUGGGUAGUCUUAAAGUUUUGGGGGAAUCUGCUUUAUUUUUGUUCCGUUCCAAGAUGGUGGCGUGUUCAUACGCUGCAGCUCUGAGCUCCCAAUACUUCACCUACUCACUGUAUACAAGUUGUACAAGUGACAAUAAAGUAUUUCCAUUUUACCAGUAACCGGAAGUUUCUAGUAAAGCCAGAUACAAAAUGGCGGCUCAAGGGGUUGGAGCCGAUGGCAGCUGCAGGCCACACACCCUGAGAAACCACACAUCACUAGUAACCGUCAUGGCUUCCUCCAAAGAAUCCUGGGAACUGUAGCUCGCUGAGGAUUCUCAGUUGCUAGGAGACUCCCAUUCCCCUCACAGAGCCACAAUUUCCAGAGUAAUCAGUCCCUAUUCCCAAGGAAAUUUGAGAUUUGUAGCUCUCUGAGGUGAAUAGAGGUCUUUAAUAGAUGAAAUUUCCAGUCUGUUACAUCUAGGCCACUGUUAGAAAUUAGCCAGGCGCGUUUUGCGCCUGGUGUGGGUCCAAUUGCGACCACGUGGAGAUCUCUGGAUGCUAAGUUGGCUACUGACAUCUCCAUCUGGCUGGCCACUCCAGCUUUCUUAAGCGGGUCAGCAGAAGAGCUCAUUUACUGCAUUUAUAUCCCACCUUUUUCUCCAAAGAGUACAUGGUUCACCCCCCUCCUCAGUUAAUCCCAACAACAACCCUGUGAGGUAGGUUAAGAGGCUGUGACCCAAUGAGCUUCAUAACAGAGUGGGGAUUUGAACCCUGAUCUCCCACAUCCUGGUCCGACACUCUGACCACUACACCACCCUGGCUUACUAGAGUCCUUAUGCUGUGGGACAGCUCUAUAAAAUUAAGUGGGUAAAAAAAUAUAGGGAAAGCAAAAUGUCACUUAGAGCAGGAUCUUGAAUAUUUUGAAGCUUGAAUUUGUUUUAUUCUGGAUUGUUUUAUUUGAUGCUUCAUCGUGUCGUAAGCCGCUUUUAGACUUUUCCUUUAAAAUAAAAAGCAGAAUAGAAAUGAAAUUAAGUAGGGCUGCUGUAUGUUUGGGAUUUCCCGGCCAUAUCUGGGAUUCGGAAACAGCAUCCAGGCGGAAUUUCCGCAAACUGGCAAAAAUGUCUGGGAAAACCCGUGCAUCUGGCUGCCCAUGUUAAUUUUGGGGGGCAAAUUUCCUUAAAAAUAGCUCCAAAACUUCAAAUUUUGCAAAAAAAGAAAAAAAAGCUAAUCAACUUAACUUUUGUAUCUGGAUUUUCAGUUUUUGAAAUAUGGCAACCCUAAAUUAAGAAGAAGAAAUUUCCUUGGGGAAAAACUUAGACAUUACAUUGCGGCGACCGUAACCUAGGUUUCAUGUGAUAAAAAGUUUCUUCCUUUUCUUUACACUUCCAACAUUUUUUACUUGUUUUAUACAUUUUAGCUAAUUUCACAGGGGUAAUAUACCACCUAUACAUCAUUUUCAUCACAUUUUCUUUCAAAGCAUUGCAUGCAGUAAAUUUUAAUCCUUAAUCUUUCCACAGUUUCCCCCAAACGUUUAGCUGUAUAUUAUACCCAAAAUCUCUGGCCCAAUGUAUCGUAACCGACUAAGUAGAAAUGCUUCUGGUGGGAAUGUAAAAAAGUGAAAAAUUUAUGGGAAAUGAUAUAUAAUGAGAUGAAAACGAUGUUGAAAUAUACAUAUAUAUCUGGGUUUCUAAAACUGAUCUAGGUGCAGGCUGGACAUGUCUGCAGGGCCUCUGGGAUCGCUUCCCACUUUCUCAAAAUCUGCUCUCUGUCUCCCUCAGGAAAAGCGCCACGUUUUGCGGAGGACCGCCGCUCCCUUUGUGCCGACGUGGAACGACGGACGCUGCGCGCCCGGGAUAAUCCGAGUCCGGGAACGUCAGGGCGAGGAAAGGAAGAGCAGGGCGAACACCUAGGUGCAUUCAGGAGAUUUGCCACCUUCGGGAGCGAGUGUGAGGGAAAUGUCCGCCGAGCAAGCCCCACGGAUCCUCCAGGAAAAGAGCAUCCGGGAAUUCCUCCAGAGGAAACCGGGGGAAGAGAUCAAGCAGGAGUCUCGCGAUGGCCUCCUUCAGCAGUGGGAAGCCCAGUGGCAGGAGUUCCUGAAGACGGUGGAGGCCUCUCAGCCGGGGCCCCCGCAGCCGCCCGAGGAGCCCACCCCCUGGGACGACGCCAAGGCCUUCCUGGCCUCCUUUGAGCAAGUGGCCGAAGCCUGCCGCUGGCCGCGCGAGGAGUGGGUGACCCGGCUGCUGCCGGCCCUCAGCGGGGAAGCCAAGCACGCCUUUGGCAGGCUGGAGGGCCGGGACAGGAAGGAUUAUGGGAAGGUGAAGGCGGCCAUCUUGCAAGGGGACGCCAUUAGCCGGGAGAAGAACCGCCAGUACUUCCGGCACUUCCGCUACCAGGAGGCCGAGGGGCCGCGAGGGGUGUACAACCGGCUGCAGGAGCUCUGCCGGCGGUGGCUGAAGGUGGAGAGGCACUCCAAGGAGCAGAUCCUGGAGCUGCUGAUCCUGGAGCAGUUCCUGACCGUCCUGCCGCCGGAGAUCCAGGGCUGGGUCAGGGAACGGGGGCCCUCAUCCUGCACCCAGGCAGUGGCCCUGGCCGAGGAUUUCCUCUGGAUGCAACGGGAGUCUUUGAGAUGGGAGCAGCAGGUGAGAGACCCCGCUUCCUCUCCCCGCCUGACCCCCGGGGCGCCAGAUACGGCCCACUGGACCUCUCUGCCUGGCCCUUGCCAGCUCUGCUUUGCACUGCCUGACUGGGGCACGUGCUUGAAUUCCGAUCAGAUCCCUUGCUUGUGUGGAUAAAGGAUAGAAAGGGAUCUGUGUAGAAGCUAAGCCUCCUCAUUUUGUUUGCCUCUGGCUACAAAUCCUUUUUUUCAAAAAAAUUUAUUCAUUUUAUAACACAAGUAAACAACACAAACAGAAUAACAAACAAUACAAACAAAUUCUUGUCUUAUCCUUAUUUUUUCUAAACAUUGUUAGGUGAGUUUUCCCAAGUCCUCCCUAUCUGAUAUUCAUUUUACCUCAUCUUUAGCAGUUUACAUAUAUCAAUUUUUAACCAUUUUUUUAGCAUACUUACUUUUACCAUAAUAAUCUUCACAUUUUAUCCUUUACAAAUAAUACUAUUUUAAAAUACACUAUCUUCUACUUCUAACCCUACAGCCUAUAUCCACUUCCAAAGCUAGUCUAAGAUUUAAAUAUUAACACAUUUUUUCAAAUAUUCUUUAAACGUCUUCCAAUCUCCUUCCACCGUCUCUUCACUCUGGUCUCGGAGUCUCCCAGUCAGUUCGGCAAGUUCCAUAUCGUCCAUCAUUUUCAUCUGCCAUUCUGCGAUAGUUGGUAAAUCUUGUUUCUUCCAAUUCUUCGCUAGUAAUAUUCUUGCAGCUGUUGCGGCAUACAGAAAAAAAGUAACAUCCUUUUUGGGGAUUUCACCCCCCACUAUACCAAGUAAAAAGGCUUCUGGUUUCUUAAUAAAUGUGUUUUUCAACACUUUUUUCAGUUCAUUAUAAAUCCUUUCCCAUAAGUCUUUUACCUUGGAGCACGUCCACCACAUGUGGUAAAAGUUCUGGCUACAAAUCCAGCAAUAUCUGGAGAUCCCAGCCAGAUGGACAGGGUAUUAUUAUUGACAGGGAAUAAUCAUCACCAUCAUCAUCUACUGGUUUCCCCAUUCCUGUUCUAAGCAGAGCCUCACUCAGAUGGAAGAUAGAAUCAAGCAGACCUCCUCAAUGCACCUUUUUCACUUUUGGAUUUAUUAUAAUUACACAUUUAUCCCACGUUUUCCUCCAGUGACCUCAAGGUGGCAUACGAAACAUCAUUCUCCCCUCCCCAUUUCAUCCUCACAGUAGCCCUGUGAGGUAGGUUAGGCUGAGAGGCAGCGACUGGCCCAAGGUCACCCAGUGAGCCUCAUGGCUGAGUGGGGAUUCGAACCCUGCUCCCCCAGGUCCUAGUCGGACACACUAACCACUACACCACCCUGGCCUUUUGUCUUUGUCCAACAUUCUCACCGUUACACCAUGCUGCUCUCUUUACCUGCGAAGCUAAAAGCCUGCCAGUAUUAGAAAGGAAAAGGUAUUCAACAGGAAGCGGGGCCAGCAACCAAGAAGGCCCCGUCCCUUCUCUCCUCAAAGUGUUGUUUUCUCAAUAGGAAGGGCCUGGUGGGGAAGGUUUGGUUUCCCACAAGUUUAAAGAUAAAAGACAUCUGAAGGCAGCCCUGUUUAGGGAAGUUUUUAAUAUUUAAUGCUGUAUUGUUUUUAACACCUGAUUGGGAGCUGCCCAGAGUGGCUGGGGAAACUCAGCCAGAUGGGCGGGGUAUAAAUAAUAAUAAUAAUAAUAAUAAUAAUAAUAAUAAUAAUAAUAAAUCUAUUCAGCCCCCCCCCCCAAUUUGGCAAGUCUUAGCUUUAAGCAAAUGCCUACUUGCAAAGCAAAAUACUGUUUUGUUGUUUCCUUCUGGAUCUUACAUUAUGUGUCAUUUUUUGCUGUUUCGUUCUGUUUGUGUGUAAAAUUUCCCCCUUCAGGUUGUGAUUUACAAAUUUCAAUAAAAACUCUCUCUCUCUCUCUCUCUCUCUCUCUCUCUCUCUCUGGAGAGGCAGAGAGAUGGUGAUUGGUCGAAGGUCACCCAGUCAGCUUUGAAGGGGAGCUUUCUCCCAGAUCCCAAUGCAGUUCUCUAACCACUACACCAUACUGUCGUUUGGGGCUGAGUUGGUGCCAGGCUCUUCCCUCCUUUGCUGUUGUCCUGCCGCUCCCGCUCCUUGGUGCUGCUUCAUGUUCUGGUCCUUCCUACUGUUUCAGGUGGCAACGGCAGGGGUUCCUUUGGCGGCGGUGGCCGUUCCACUGGCCGAGGCGGAGCCAGUGGCGCCUGAUUCUGGAAAGAGGCAGCUGUGCAUGGUGGUUAAGCAGGAGAUGGAUGCCGUCAACAUCAGUGCCCACGGUGAGCGUGGAAUGCUGGCCCAUGGGAAAGAAGUACUGAAUUCAGGCGAAUCUAAUAUGCCAUCGAAUUUAAUGUGCACCUCAGUUUUCAAAACCGAAAAAGUAUUUGCUAUGUCAGCGGGGUUUUUUAAGCUUGCCGUCGAAUCUAAUGUGCCGUCAAGUCUGAGGCGCACCCUAAUCUUUGCAAUGUAACUAUUGGAGCAGACCACAUACAUGGGGAGAAAACAGUAGAUCUGGCUGAAAGAUGUGCACUGAUCAUUGCAAUGCAGUCCUAAAUAUUAUUGCAGUGGUACCUCGGGUUACAGACGCUUCAGGUUACAGACACUUCAGGUUACGGACUCCACUAACCCACAAAUAGUACCUCAGGUUAAGAACUUUGCUUCAGGAUGAGAACAGAAAUUGUGCGGCGGCAGCGGGAGGCCCCAUUAGCUAAAGUGGUGCUUCAGGUUAAGAACAGUUUCAGGUUAAGAACGGACCUCCGGAACGAAUUAAGUCCUUAACCCGAGGUACCACUGUACUUCUGUCUUGUCAGGAUUCAACCUCAUCUGUUAACCGCCUCCAGACACUCACAUAGGACCUUCACUGGUUCUGAUUUGAAAGAGAGGUAGAGCUUCAGGUAUUUGUAGAUGGAUAUCGUGGCUGGGGAGACCCAGCCAGAUGGACGGUGUACAAAUAAUAAAUUAUUAUUAUUAUUAUAUUAUUAUCACCUCUCAGUCUCCUCUUCAGCAGGCCUCUCUCUCUUCCGGCAGGUGACAUCCGACAGGGCGAAAACAGCGGGGAAAUCCUUGGGCUCCAGUUGCAAAGAGUUGAGCAGCAGAAGCUGGAGGAAAACUUUGGGAAUCAAGGUGGGCCGAGGCGGAGAACUAGAAACCACCCGGCCGAGAAGUGGAAGAAGCCCCCCAUUCCUUGCCCCGGUGGCGGGUUCCACAACGCCUCCAUCUCGGAAGAGAAGCCCAUCGAGAAGAGGAAGUACAAGUGCAACGUCUGCGGGAAGUUCUUCAGCUACAAGUCGAGCCUUAAAAUACACCUGAGAAUCCACACGGGGGAGAAGCCCUACAAAUGCCAGGAGUGCGGGAAGAGCUUUAUCCGGAGCGACCUCCUGGCGUCGCACCAGAGAAUCCACACCGGAGAGAAGCCCUACAGCUGCUCCUACUGCGGGAAGAGCUUCUGCGACCUGUCCACCCUUAUCAAACAUCGGAGAAUCCACACCGGGGAGAAGCCCUACGUGUGCCUGGAGUGCGGCAAGAGCUUCAGCCAAAAGGCGAUCCUGAAUUCGCACCAGCGGAUCCACACCGGGGAGAAGCCGCACAAAUGCCUGGAGUGCGGGAACAGCUUCAGCAGGAGCACUUACCUUACUUCUCAUCAGAGAAUCCACAUGGGCGAGAGAACGUACAAAAACAUCGGCUUCUCUGAGCAGUCGGGCCUUAUUCACCCUCAGAGAAUCCACAUCGAGGAGAAACCCCAUAAAUGCCCGGAAUACAGCCAAAACUUCAGCCAGCCGUCGUCGUGUGCAACACACCAGAAAAUCUACGCGCUGAGCGACACUAUCAACGUUUUCGAGUGUGGGGAGAAACUUCAACUGGAGGCGGCGUCUUAUGAGACUUCUGAGCGUCCUAGCAAUUAGCCUCAUGUCUGGUCGCCCGCGGUGAUUUGAGCUAAUCCAGCAGGGAUUAAAAGCCACAUUCUUUUUAAAUGGCAGCACUGUAAAUGCUCCUUCAGUGGAGAUGCAGACAGGGCAGGGGGCGCGAUUUUAUAUCCUUUCGCAUUCUGUUUUGCAACUAGCUGUAGGGCGGCUGCCAGGUUUGAGAGCAGAGGGAGGGAUGCUGAGUUCUCGUCGUUUUCCAGCUGCCCUUCCCAUCCCCUGCGCUGGCAUUCCAAGUUACCAAGCAGAGGGAAAAGCCAUCCCAGCCUUUGCCCUUCGGUCGGCUUGCGUGUUUGAUCUGUCUCAAUCAGUUCAGCCAACUGACCUGUAAAAUAUUAGUCAUGUAUCGUCAGAUAAUGAUCAAGUACAGUGGAACCUUGAGUUACAUACGCUUUAGGUUACAUAUGCUUCAGGUUACAUACGCUUCAGGUUACAGACUCCACUAACCCACAGAUAGUACCUCAGGUUAAGAACUUUGCUUCAGGAUGAGAACAGAAAAUCGUGCUCCAGCGGCGCGGCGGCAGCAGGAGGCCCCAUUAGCUAAAGUGGUGCUUCGGGUUAAGAACAGUUUCAGGUUAAGAACGGACCUCCGGAACGAAUUAAGUACUUAACCCGAGGUACCACUGUAUUUGAAAAGGCUAACUUUUCAUUAGAGCCCCCCCCUUUAAUGACUUUCCCCAACUCUCCAAAGUUACAGCUGUUGAAGACUGCAUUCCCUUGCAGAUAAGCUUUUUAAAUCUUUUUUUUGAGGGGCGCGUGCUGGUAUUGGAUGGGGGCAAAGAGCCAAAAGUGGGCAGUUUGAAGGGUUGCAUAGCAUUCUCUCUGCCACCUCAUUUCUCUCUCUCUCUCUCUCUCUCUCUCUCUCUCUCUCUCUCUCUCCCUCGCUCCCUCCCUCCCUCCCUCCCUCUUCCUUGUCCCCAGCGUCUGGUGUCCAGAGGUAGACUGCUGUAGCAUAUGGAGGCUCCAUUGGGUCACCCACAUCCCAUAGAAAUUUUGCAGGCUUUCCCUGUCUUUUUGGUCUACAGUCAUACCUCAUGUUACGUCCGCUUCAUGUUACGUUCUUUCAGGUUGCGUCCUGUGGCGACCCAGAAGUACCAGAAAGGGUUACUUCUGGGUUUCGCCGCUCGUGCAUGCGCAGAUGCACAAAAUGACGUCAUGCGCAGAAGCGGUGAAUCACAACCCAUGCGUGUGCAGACGUGCCGCUGCGGGUUGUGUUCUUUUCAUGUUGCGAAUGGGCCUCUGGAACGGAUCCUGUUUGCAACCAGAGGUACCAUUGUACUUACUGGGAAAGCUUCUCUCUCUUUUUCUCUCUCAUACACCUACACAUAAUGCAGAAGAGGAAAUAAUCACAGGAAGGUUAGACUAGAGAGCAAAGACUAGAGUGGGUACACAGAGGGCCAGAUGAAAUGAAGUUGGGGUGGCACAGCCUUCCCACCGUUGAUUUAAAGUCUCACUUGCGACUGUACCCAGUGAGCAUCGCUCUAGCCUGUUCCUUCUACUCGCCACCCCCCCCGAGACCCAGUCCCCUGCAAGAGUUUUACGAAGCUGCCAGCAGGAUCUCAUUCUGGGGCGGGGGAACUUCCUGCAGCAAGAAAGUUAGGGAGUCCUGGACGGACCUUUGACUGAUUCCUCCCCGAGAUUCUUUUCCUCUUGGGAGAUUGCCUGCAGUCCUAACAGGUGGCCAGUAGGAGGCGUGUUGCUGGGUUAAUAGUUUGCCCCCCCUUUCCCAAAUCUUAUAGGUAUUGGGGGGGAGGGCAAGUGGCCUGUCCUUGCUAACAACUGACACCCUGGAGUACUUAACAGCUACAAUAUUUAACAAUAUUUGGUAAGAUGAUUAUUAUUUCUUUGAUCAUGAAAGUGAAGAGCUUGUAAGAAGGUUCAAGAAGACGCUCACCUGUCCCUGAAAAACCUGGGUUCUCACUUGAUGCUGGUGAAUCCUGACAGUUUCUGUGUGGCUCUUCUGGAGCCUUUUGAGCCUCUUCGGGUUGGAAAAGCUCUUGUCGCAGCCUGGGCACCAAUGUCCUUUCUCCCCUGCUUGGAUUCUCUGAUGAGAUGUAAGGUUUGCACCCAAGAAAAAGCCGUUUCCGAAGUGCAAGCUUUUAUUCAGCUUCUCUCCUCCUCUGUGGACAAUCCUGGUUUCCUUCUCCUCUGCCGCUCCCUGCUUUCCCACAGCCCCUUCACUUGCAAUCUCGAAACGGACAUUGUCCCUUCUCCUCUUUUAUGUUGGCGUUAGCAGAGCUGGGUGGAUUUGGCCGUGUCGGUGGGCAGGUUUUUGGCCUACUCCGCAAGGCCUGCGCUUUUCUUUCCCCUCUGCUUGCAAAUACAUAAUGGCCACUCUCAUAUUCGGGAGAAAGUAAAAAUGAGGGAUGUGCUCAGGAAGAUGAAAGGACUGGAUCUGAAUUGCCCCAUCAGAGACACCAGCCAUUCGGUACUGUGCCUCUUCACCAUUUGAAUUGCCCCGUCCUGAUCCUUGGUCACACCUGCGUGCAACGGAGCGGUCGGCUUUUUAAACAUAGAUAGGUGAUUGGCAGCUUUGCUUUGCUUGUGAAGAUGCACCCCUCGUGCUUUUUUUGCGGUCUCUCACAGUGGCCUCCUUGAAAAAGAGGGCUUUGGUAGGGUGGGAGGCAGGGAGCCCAACAGCAGGUGGCGCCAGAGCCAACGCAGGCAGAUCCUAAUCUAAUUCUGCUAUUCUCCAUGCUGAGUCCUACAAAGGGCAAUGCUGAGACUGGUUGCCAGGUGCGUUGGGAGGAAUUGGGAUGGAGGUUGGUGGGGCAAGACGGUGUAGGAUUUUCAUAACGACAAGGCCCACGAGGCUUCUCUGCGUUGCGAGUUCGCCUUUCUGAGAGGCUGAAUUCUUAACCUCCCUUUUCUCUUCAGCUGCUCUUCUGCAGUUGAGAUCUUCCUGAACUAUAGGCUCCCCCCUCCAUGAUGCCGUCACAAACACCAAUUCUCCUGACCCCCAGCACAGGUAUGGCGACCCAUCUUCGUAUUCCCUUCUGAGAACCUCUUGAGGGGGCCAUGUUCCAGUGGUGGGUGGGGCCAGGGGCAAAAGGGGUGGAGCAACAAAUACAUUUUUGGGGGGCGGUAUACUUCUGUACAGUAGGCCCGUUUCCAAGCCCCUCUUCUCUUCCCCCAGCCUGCAAGAAGCAUAACCAGAGUGCAGGAACGCAUCCCAGCCAGGCAAAACCUCUCCAGGAGACUACGAAGUGGGGGUCAGCGAAGGGGUGGCGUAGGGAGAGGUCCGGGGGGUUUGGAGGGCUGUGUUUGACUUCCAAACCCUCGCCAGCACCUUAGGGAUUCCUGAUUGUGACACCGAAGAAUGGCUCAGAAUUUCUCUGCCUUAAAAAGAUCAUCUCCCCGAGUAUGGUAGCUGCGGGGGAGCUAUCUUGAGCCGUAAAACGUGUCCCCAACCAAGAAUGCUUGCCCAUAGUUUUCAGAGACAAGUCUUGAUUUCAGACCUUGGCAUCAACAUGAGGACAGAUGGGUCCAGCCUUGUGUUUAACACAAUGUGCCUGGUCGCCAGAGGUGAGCGCGAGCUCUGUGCAGGCGAGCAAGCAGGUUGACGGAGGAGGAACGGCUUGUACUUCUGUUCGCCUGCUUGGUUUCCAUCCUAGUUGCAGAGGGACAAAACACCUUUCUCCAAACCAGCAUGGAAAUUCAGAAGAGGGGGUAUGGCAUGAUCUGCCUCUCCUCCAGCAGCCCUCUUGGUUACAAAUCACAUUAUAUUUUUUUGCUAGCCUAAGAUGCUCAUAGGCGGUGUUUGCAUCUUGACUGUGGCGGAAAUCAAGAGCAGGCUUGGGGUUUUUGUGUGUGUGUUUUGCUUUUUCCCAGGCUAACGAUUGUAGUGGGGCUUAGUCGGAUCCUGACAUAAUUAUUUUAAGUUCACUAUUCGAUUGUCAGUUCAUGUUUCUCUUGGCAACUGCAGUAGAUGUUCUUUUGAGGGAGCUGUUUCUAAUCAAGCUUGAAAUUUGCCGAAUGACAAAGAAUUUGAUCUCCGACAACUGGUUUGCCCCAAGUGGGGUUACCUGGACUUGGACCUUUUGAGUUCAGGAGCAGUUCUUCGCAAACCUCAUUUUGGAAAAACUUGGCACCCAUAAAGUCAACCUGUUCAGACUUUCCGGAGAUUUAAAUUUUAUUAAAAGGCAACUUUUGCUUUUGUUGUUGUUGUUUAAAUGCUUUCCUAUUGUCGAAACUUUUGAUUGUGCUUUUCAAAUAGUUUUUAAAAAUGUACUUUUUUCUAAAAACAAAAAACCCUGUUUUUUAAAAGGUUUUAUUAAGUUUGUAACCUAAACUGCUUUCUGCGUGAGAAUUGAGAUGUGUAUGAUAUUUUAAAUAUGGUAAAUAAAAUACCCUGGGUCUCUAGAGAUUUGUGUGAUUAUGGUGGUAGCGUUUUAUAUAUUAAAGAUAAUGCUGAUUUA